CAAAAAGUGAUGAAUUUAUCACGUGUGGAUAUCCACCUGUCACCCCUAUCAAUCUGACACACUCCUAUUUCAGAUUUAUGUCUGCAUUCUCUUUCCUUCCUUCUUUUCCAUGCUUGUCAUGCGUGUCUGCAGGAGUACUAUGUCCUCACCUCUAUCCAUCACUUUCUCUUCACACUCAGACCCUCACCAUUUCAGUUUCUACAUUAUCUCCGCCUUCAAUUUCCUUCUCUUAUCCACUUACUCCAGGGUUUGGCUUAAUUUGUUGUUUAACUGGCUGGUAAUGGAGGAUUCUUUAUGUUCUGAAUCAACAAUGUCUUUCUUCAUACAACCGUGUGAUUUUUGCAACUCUAAUGUUGCGGUUUUGUACUGUAAGGCUGACUCUGCGAAGCUCUGUUUGCUUUGUGACCACCAGGUUCACUGUGCCAAUGCUCUGUCUCUCAAGCACCUCAGGUCACUCAUCUGUGACAAUUGUGGGGCUGAACCAGCCUCAGUUCACUGCUCAAAGGAUAAUCUUGUUCUCUGCCAACAUUGUGAUGCUAGCUCCUCUGUUUCAUCUUCUCUUUACAGUCGAACUCCUAUUGAGGGCUUCAUGGGAUGCCCUUCAGCGAUUGAGCUCGCUUCUAUAUUAGAGCUUGAUUUGAAUCCGAAAAUUUUUACGAAUUCAGAUAUUGGGUAUCCUUUGUAUGAGCAAAAUAUGGUAAAUUUGCAUGAUUUGGUGGUUCCAAGUGGUAGUUUUUCAGUUUUCUUGUGCACUGAGAAGUGUAGGCGAGAAAUGCAUCAGCAAUUGAUCGAGUUGGGCAAGAGGGAAAAUAUGAGAGUGAAUGGAGAUGCAGAAGAACUGGGGCCUGAGACGCCGCCAAGUAGAUGCGAACAGCUGGGGAAUUCGGAGAGUCUCGAAAUGGAGAAUGUAGAUGAGGAAGAAUUGCUUAACCAGCAAAUGCCACUUACUUCUUUGCUUAUGUUGCCAAAUCAGGAAGAUGCAAGAGAGAGUGAUGGCGUAGCUGAGGGAGAUCUUUUGUGGGAUUGUAGUCCAACAUAUCAGGCAGCUCAGAUAUGGGAUUUUCAACUUGGAACGACAAGAGAUGGUGCAGAACCUGGUCCAGAAGAAGCGGGAUAUGAUGCAAAGGAUCCCGGUUUCAGGAUCAAGAAUUAUCGCAACCUUACAAAAGAAGCUGCCUUCUUCAAUGCAAGAAAAUUGUUGGAAGACACAAAUGAACUGAGUUGCUCUGCACCAUGUGAGGAUAUACUAUCAAGAGAUAGUUGCUCUAAUAAACAAUUGUCAAGGCACACAGCAAGAACAGGAGAAACUGAAAGUACAUCCCUAAUUGAAUCAUCAUCAGAAUCCAUACUAGAGGAGGCCAAAACAUGCUAUAGCCCCAGACAUGCAAAGGUAGUGGAGAGGCCUCGUCUGGGUUGGUUUGGAACUGCAGAUAGGGUGAGACCAAAGGUGGACACGGAACUUCUUGCACAGAACAGAUGCAUUGCCAUUUUACGCUACAAGGAGAAGAAGAAAACUCGAAGAUUCGAUAAUCGUGUCCGUUAUGAAUCAAGGAAGGCUAUGGCUGAUUCGAGGAAACGAGUGAAAGGGCGCUUUGUGAAGGCAAGUGAAAAUUGCUGAUAUUUGCAGCUGGAGAUACGGAGCGUGAAGUUUACACUAUCGUGUUUGACAUAUCGUGAACAGAGGAUUGAUCAAAUCAUAUAUGAAAUAUUUUUCCUUAAUAUCAGCCUAUGUGGGACUUAACAAGAUCUUCCCACUAGAAUCUGUGAACCCGAUAAUUGAGGAAGGGUUUCCCUCAAAUUUGUAUAUAUUUAGUAUUUUGUAUGUA